AUGGCGAUUGCGGCCAGUGUCUCCGUCCUGACCGCGAAUCUGUUGCCAGUAGACGGUGAGUUCGAUGGCGUAGCUGAAGCGCUGGCUGGAGUUGCAGAAGACGCUGUGGGUGAGGCGCUUUCUGAGGAUAGUUCAGAUGACGAUGGCGACACUAGAUCGGUGAUUGUUGACGCCGACUGCGAUGUCUUAGUAACGUUGGAAGGCAAUGACGCCGGUGUAGACGUAGACGCAGAUGCGCUUACAGAGGUAGACACGGAUAGCGACGACAAAGAUGAUGAGGCAGAAGAGGAAGCACUCCCCACCACCGUAUCCGUACUCUGUGCCUGA